AUGAAUGUGAAAAGUUUAUAUUUUGCGAAAAGAAUGGGAACGUUCGCUCUGAACCUAUUCCGACCACUCUCGCCCCCAACAAAUCCUGUUGGCGCUGAAUUCGAUCCCGAUGAAGAUGAGCCAACCCUUGAAGCAGCUUGGCCACAUCUGCAGCUCGUCUACGAAUUCUUUUUGCGUUUUCUCGAAUCACCAGAUUUCCAAUCGAGCAUUGCGAAGAAGUACAUUGACCAUCAGUUUAUGCUAAGGCUCCUGAUGAUUAUGGAUUCUGAAGACCCCCGUGAACGAGAUUUUUUGAAAACGACUCUACAUCGGAUAUAUGGAAAGUUUUUAGGCAUGAGGGCGUACAUACGGAAGCAAAUGAACAACAUUUUCUAUUGUUUUAUUUACGAAACUGAGCGGCAUAAUGGUAUUGCAGAGCUAUUAGAGAUACUAGGAAGUAUUAUUAAUGGUUUCGCGCUUCCAUUGAAAGAGGAACAUAGGACGUUUCUGCUUCGUGUCUUACUGCCACUGCAUAAGUGUAUUCAUCUCGAGAGAACAUACCCUAAUUAUCUAUGUCUCACAUCUUUGACAAAUCAAGCAAAACCAAGGUUGCAAAGAAUCUCUCCUGUUAAUCCGUUCAUCAUAGGUGAAAUCUCUGUCCACUUAUCAUCCACAACUGGCCUACUGCGUAGUCCAAUUCCUUGA